CCCGUUUCAAAGGUCAAGAUAUCACGAGCAGCGAGAUCUGAUAUCGCGGGCGAUAUUUGCGAUGCUUCUUGACUUUUUCACGGGAAUCCAAACGUUUCAGUGCGACGUUGAAAUCGAGAAACGACAGUCGUGAUUUUGGAACCGCAGCAGCAGCAGGAGCAGCAGGAUGAUCAAAGAAAUUUUUUUGCUUUCGAUCGUUUUGGCUUUGGCCAUCGAAUCGGCGUCUGCUACCACAGUUUUAAAAUGUGGAACUACCGACCCGCUUCCGGACUCGAACGCGGUGCAGAUAAAAAACUGCAAUGAGCCACCGUGUACCCUUAAACGGGGAACAAAAAUAUGGAUCAAGCAGACUUUCAAACCGACGAGGAACAUCGCCAGCCUCACGACGAAGGCUUCGGGCACUUUGAACGGAGGAGUGACCAAGGAGUUCGAAAACGUCGACGGAUCGAACGCCUGUGAUUUUAUCUCCGAUCCUUCGGGAACGCCCGUCGGUUGUCCGCUCACGAAGGACACGGAAUACGUUUACAAAAGGGAAUUCCCGAUCGCGAGAAAAUAUCCAGUGUCAAACGUGAAAGUGCAUUGGGCGCUUGUCGAAAACGGUGAGGACAUCACGUGCUUCGAGGUUCCAGUGCAUAUACGGCAGUAAUAUGGAUUCCUGUGACAACCCCAAAGCACCGCUCAAACGAUAAUUCUGGUCAAUUAUCAUCCGCGUUGCUUAAAGUAUUUGCGAUUCUCGAUGCAAUUUAGCUUGAAUAUUUUUAUCGGUUGUCUGUUAAUUUUCAAGUAUUUCUUCCUUUCAUGGGCAACGUCAAUUUUUUUUCUCUUUUUAUAUCACUCAAAAUUCUUCCAAACGGCGAAA